AUGCAGACCAGGCGGGCCAGCAAGGCCACUGCUCCUGCGCCAUCAUCGCCUCAGUUGCCAUCAUCUCCUCCCGCCCUUCCAGGCGUCAGGCGAAACCCCCCGAGAGCCAAAAGGCCGCAAGCAGUUCAGGAUGUCGACGAGGCCUCUAGUUCGGGCCUCAGCUCUGGUCUAAGCUCUCCUUCUGCCAGACUCCUCAAGGGGGCUCUUCGUCCUUCUCAUCUUUCUGACGUUCGUCCUUCUUCACCAUCUCCCGGUGGACCUUCGGCGUCAGCCCUCACGCCCAACGCAUCUUCUGCGAUGCCAAGCGUGGAACUGCCCAAAGGCCUCACCUCCGUUCCACGCAAAGGAUCCAUCGUCUUUGAUCCCCCACCGCGCCGAGGGGCCCCUCGCCGAAACAGCGGCAGCAGUCUAAGGAUAAGCCCUGAUAGGGACUCUGAAGAUGAGCCAACUACCCCACCCAAGUCCGCAGCCGAGCUUGAACGCGAAGAGUUGAUCCUGAACGAGAUCGAAGACGCGGAGCAUCAGCUCAAGGUUGAGGCCAGCGACUCGUUGGCAAGGGACGCUAUCAACGUUAUUAAGCAACUUCAGGACAAAUCACGGCCAGCGUACCACAAGGUGCUGUCUAUGAAGAUGCAGGCCUUUGAGGCCUCUCGCCGCGUGUUUCUUGCCCCUGGGCAAGCAUUCCCGUUCCUCCAGUACGGCUGGCUGGACAAGACAAGACUUGACAUCUCAGAUUCAGCCCGCGCCAACGUUCGUCUUGCCGUCAAGUUGGCAAACAUUGCCACCGCGCUCAGCCACAUAGAGAGGAUCGAGUCCGACGCAAGGGGUUCAAAAGCUUUCCUGGACGCAUUAGACGCCAACUUUCCCCACCAUUUCGCCGCCGAAGAAGGGAAACAAUACCUGUCGUUAUCGUUGGAGAUACGGACCCAGAGAGCAAUAGAACGCAUUGGCAUCUCGCAUUUGAUGGCCAAGAUGAAACAGGAUGAGGUGGCGAAGGAGGAAGAGCGGCUGCUUGAGCAACUGCGAAAAGAGGAAGCAGAAGCACGACGCGCCCUGGAGGAGGAGCGAAGAGCUCACCAAGAAGAGCGCCGAGCCAAGGAACAAGAGCUCAGGGCGCGAGAGGAAGCCCUAGCUCAAGCGAAGCAGCGGCAUCAGGAUCAAGAGCAACGGGAAGCGGAAGCCCGUGAAGCCAAGGCUCGAGAGGACACGAGGGCCCGAGAGGAACUGCGGCGUCAGCAACGGCACCGAGAGCAGGAAAGAGUGCGUAAUGCAGAUGUGCCUCGACAAGAGGAGCAUGUGGCGCAGCCGGGGGGCUAUCCAUCGCCGAAUGCUGAUAGGGGCACAUGGGCCGGGGAGAGCUCCCCCGAGAGCAUCCGUAGCUCUGAGGGCACACCACGACGCAUCGUACAUGACGGACCGAGACAAUCAUUGUUCAGAACCAGAGACAUGGUUGAUAUGCUCAACGCGUCAUCUCUUGAAGAAGAGCAAUCGCCAUCGGAAUCCUCCCGCAAGCGAUCUAACCCAAGCGCCUCAUAUGAGCCAGAGGACGACGACGGUUCCGAGUCCGAGCAGAGGACACGCAAGAAGGGCAAGACGGUCGCCUCGUCUAUCACUGUGCGCGGACGAAGAAGAUCAGCCGCCGGCGGCCCAUCACGAGACGACACUGACAGUUCGUAUGAGGACGACAAUGAGGAGCCAACCACCUCCGCUCCUACUCGGCGGUCGCGUGCAUCGCAGAGGCCAGAGAACCCGCCCGCGCCUCCGCCGUCCUCCGCUCCAGACUAUGCAGCCCUGCGCCACGCCAAGGAGGCGAAUCGCAGGGCAGCGCGCCUGAGCAAGCCGCGACCUCAACAGAUCCGUCACCCCUGGAGCGAAGAGGACUCCAACACCCUGAUUGAGCUCGUCAAGACGCGCGGUGCCCGCUGGGCCGACAUGGACAAGCAUGAAAGCGCAAGAUUCCAACAUCCGCGCAACGCGCAGGCGUACCGCGACAAGGCUCGCAACUUGAAAGUCGACUUCCUCAUCUCUGACGCGCUGUUGCCCGAGGGCUUCGAUCAGGUGGCACUGAGCCACAAGGAAGUGGAGAAGGUGCGUAACGCGGGCAAGAAUCCGGGCAGACUGGAGCGAGAUGUGGACGAGAAUGGCAGGCCCACGCAUACGGCCUAUGUCCCAUGA